CGGCUUUGACUCAUCUUCAACCGGCCACGGUGACCUUUAUUCCUAUUCUACAUCCAGACACUUGCGACGCAGCUAGACUGAUUUGACCCCUUAGAGGUCAUUCCAGAAACUGCAACUCUCCCAGGUCCUGCAUGCGCUCCAUCGCCGGCACACGACCAUUUUUUUCUUCAUUGAAGAAGUUGACGCCAAUCGCCAGGCAACCCCCGAGGUACUUCCGAUUUUAUUCACAGUCAAGGAUGGCGUCUAUCACAGUCCACAACUCUCUAAAGCCCGGUCCGCCGGUGCCCUUCGUACCCAAGACCGACGGCAAAAUCUCGUGGUAUGCUUGCGGGCCAACAACCUACGACCUCAGUCACUUGGGCCAUGCCCGAAACUAUCUAUCCAACGAUAUCAUUCGCCGUAUAUUCCAGGACUACUUCGGCUACGAAGUCAACUUUGUGAUGAACUAUACUGAUGUCGACGACAAGAUCAUCAUCAAAGCGAGGAGACAGCGCUUGCUUGACUUGGAAAAAGAGAAGUCGUAUACCCCCGAGCAGCUCCGAGAUCUCGUCUCCAAGGCCUUCCAAGCGUAUGCGCAAAGCAAUCUUCCCCUCUUGGUAACCCAGGGUCAACCAGAGUUGGAUGAGAACAACUACCAGGCGCGUAAAGAUGCCGCGUACGGUCAGGUUCUUGCAGGAGGGACCCUCAGUGGAGAGGGUAGGCCAGGGGACGCCGAGGCCAAGAUCAAGAUGCACCUGAACAACAUGGACUCGGCAGCCAAGUCCCUCCAGACUUCCUCCGGCUUUGACGGUGCUGAAGAUAUUCUGCUUCCCUAUCUCGAUUCUCUGUACAAAGAGACGAUCGACACCAGCGAUCAGACCAUCUUCACUGACCUCACUCAGAGGAUGGAAAAGGCCUUCAAUGAUGACAUGGCAGCCUUGAAUGUUCUGGAGCCUACCGCCGUCACGAGGGUGACUGAGUAUGUGCCCCAGAUUGUGUCCUUUGUCGAGCAAAUCAUUCAGAAGGGGUUUGCAUAUGAGGCCGACGGCUCAGUCUACUUUGAUAUUGGUGCCUUUGAGAAGGCUGGGAAUACCUACGCAAGACUGCGCCCGGAGAGUAGAAACGACAAGGCCCUGCAGGAGGAAGGAGAGGGCUCUUUGUCUAAGAGUUCAGGCGGCCAGAAAAAACGCGACGCCGAUUUUGCACUGUGGAAGCGGAGCAAGCCCGGUGAGCCAUACUGGCCCAGCCCCUGGGGUCAGGGGAGACCUGGCUGGCACAUUGAAUGCUCCGUGAUGGCCUCUGACAAGCUCGGCGACAACAUGGAUAUCCAUUCGGGUGGCAUUGAUCUUGCCUUCCCUCACCAUGACAACGAGCUGGCUCAGAGCGAGGCCUUUUUCCACCAGUGCGGCAAGGGCGAGCACACAUGGGUCAACUACUUUUUGCAUAUGGGUCACCUUUCAAUUGCCGGCAGCAAGAUGAGCAAAAGCUUGAAGAACUUUCAAACAAUCCAAGACGCGCUGGCUACCACAUAUACAGCGCGAAACAUGCGCAUCGUCUUUUUGAUGGGCCGAUGGAACGAUGGUGUGGAGAUCUCGGGAGAUAUGCGCAAGCAGGCCGAUAACUGGGAGAAUACUGUCGACAACUUCUUCACCAAUAUCAAGGCCAAGCUUGCCGAAGUUGAUGCGCCAACCGAUGGUGUCAAGUACCUGUCUCUCACAGGCGCCGGAAACAGUCUCAUUGAGGACCUUGAGCAAGCGAAGAAGGACCUCGAUGCGGCACUUCGCAAUUCCUUCGACACUCCUGGUGCCAUGCAAGUGAUCCUGCGCCUGGUCCGCAACGCCAACAUCUACAUGAACGACAAGGCAAAGUCAUCCAAUCUUCAGCCUGUCGAGGCGGUGGCCCGCUGGGUGACAAAGAUCGUAGGUAUCUUUGGCCUGGACGCUACCGCAAAGCCACCUUACGAUGGCCUCGGCUGGGGGUCAUCUUCUGCUACCGCUGCGGCUGACGUCGACCCCCAAACAGCGAUCAAGCCCUACGCUGCUGCGUACGAGAAGGUUAAAGCCGAUGUUCAAUCGCUUCACCUCUCUGCCUCUUCGAUUCAAUCUGCUCUCGAGCACUCCCCAGAAGCCGAGUUUGCCGAAGUAGAGAAGAGUGGCGAGAAGGACGUGGAGAAGCUGGCACUGCCAUAUCUUCGUGCCACUUCCCGUCUCCGCGAUGAGCUACGGGCCGUCGUCCCAACCCUUGCUUCAGAGCCUCAAGUCAAGCAGGCUGUUCUCGCCCUCAGUGACCGUAUCCGCGACUAUGACUUGACCGAUCUUGGCGUACAGCUCGAUGAUCAAACCGAUAAGCCGAGUCUUAUCAAGUUUGUGCCUGCUGCCAAACUUAUCGCUGCGAGAGAGGAGAAAGCGUCCCAGCUUGCUGAGAAGGCUAAGCAAAAGGAGGAGGCCCGGAAGGCUAGAGAGAAGGCCGAGGAGGAGAAGUGGGCCAAGGCCAAGGUGGCCCCGCAAGACAUGUUCAAGGACGACCCCAAAUAUACCGAGUGGGAUGCUGACGGUCUGCCGACAAAGCUGGCCGAGGGGGGUGAGCCAGUGCCCAAAAGCCAGGCCAAAAAGUUGAAGAAGGACUGGGACAGGCAGAAGAAACUGCACGAAGAGUAUCUUGCCAAGUUUGGAGGCAAGGCGUGAGUCAGCUAUCAGCUGCAGUUUAGACGACUAGGUAUCUUGCCUACUUUUCGGGGUGAAAUAGAAAACUUAUGUUGUCGCUGUUAGCUGCCUUGAAAUAGUGAAUCGAGCAGACGCACAAUCGAAAUCAAAGUUGGAAUACAAACUCGCCCCUAAGCCCUGAACGCCGCGCAUGCUCUAAAGGAACCCAAACCCAGCCGUCUAUCUCUCCUCGCCAAGUCUUAUGUACACUGCUAUAUCAACGACGAUAACCCGCAACUACAUGAUUAACCCCACCACCAAAGCUCCCACAACAGCUUUCCAUACAUCAAUUUUGAGGGAAUAAGCCUUAGACUGUCCGGUUGGGUUGAUACCCAGCGGGCCCGUCCCGCUCACCCUUGUGGCCACUGGGCCGGGCCCGAUAUCGAUACCUGUGGGGCCCACACCGGUGAAGGUCGCCGUAGGGCCACGUUCAGCAGUGACAUCCAGAUUAUUGUUCCCAGACGUCGGUCUUGGAGGCGGUGCCGUGCACCGGCCUGUCGCACUGGGCACAGCAUCUGGCCCCGUGCUGAUGGCAAUGAUGUUGCUUCCACAAUUCGCCGCCUGAGCCAGGUGCAAGUUUCUGUUGUCUUGAUCAAACACCACGUAGGCCGCUCGCAGGAAGGUGUCUCCUAGCACCGGCUCCCCGUCAUCAUCUGGGAGCACGCCCAGCACGCAGUACCCCUGAACGUGCCAGAUGAAAUCGUUGAAGGGCACGUUGAUCACUUUAUCCCCAAAGUAAAAGUCAAUGGAGCCUUCCAGAUCAGCAACAUUGCAGUCGAGGAAAUAGAAACCGGUCGAGGGGUCAUAUUGGGUGUCUGCGAAGCUGGAGGCGAAGGCUUGGUAGAUUCGUCGGGGAAGUCGGCUGAGUGUUCCGCCCGAAUCGAGGAAAACAGGAACUUCAAGCUCUUGUGAUCUUUCGACUAGACCGUCGGGGUAUGUUAGUCCCACGCCGCUCAUGGUGACAUAGUAUCUGUCCGCUCCCCUUGGAGUUUGGUUCUGAGGCAGCAUAGGGAGCUUGGCUAGAGAUCCGAUGUAUUUUCCAGUGUCCACGCCGCCAAAGAUGAGCGCUCCCUCGGGGGAGUCGACGGUUCUAAGAUCCAUGCUGAAGGCUCGCGAGUUGAUCAACUUUUGGUCUUUCAUCGUGUCGAGAAUGUAAGGAUACUCGUUGACUCCUCGAAUAGGGGGUGAGAGGCCAAGGAUUCCCAAGGGGAUGUCGUGGGACUCGAGGGCUACGCCGAUGACCUGGUUUCUAACCGUGGCCCCUGUCAUGUGGAAGAUCAACAUAAGUCACAGCUCGGACGAGAGCAUGGCGUUCCAGCAAGAGAUUCUGACGCACCUCCAAGUUUGACACUCUCUCUAACAUAUUGUAUUGUCGCAUUCCCUUUCCCAUACACGAGGAUGUCGGUCACGCGCGUUGCGUUCAGACUUGAGCUCUUGCUCCAGUCGUAGACCGGGAACGAUCGACAGUCGUCAGGCACAUUGGCAGUGUCACAUGUUGGGUUCACCCAAGUGUCUGGCGAGCCAGUAUCCAGAACCAGCGUCAGUUUUUGCCCUGGUGUCCCGACCUCUAUGUCGACGCCGUAGCGGGUUCCGGUGAACUGGUUUUCAAUGGCAACUUCAUUUUGUCGGCCUCGGAUCAGUUUUGGUGGCGCUGGGUUGGGCAGCACAUUAAGCGGGGAGCGGAUGAAUCCUUCCCCGCGUGUUUCGAGCGAAGGGUUUUGCUGUCUGGAGCUGUCCGGCGGUGCGGAGAAAUCAUGUGCGGAGGCAAGGACAGGGGCGGCACUGAGGAGGAAUCGAAGGGGUAUCAUGUUGAGAAAUAUAAUUAUGUACUCCAGGCUCAGAUGAGAGCUUCUGGCGGGAGAAGAGAUAUACACGGAGAAGGGUCACCCCAAAAAGAUGGAAGACUGACAUCGAGGGUCCAUCUUUGGUGAUCGGCUCCGCUGAUUCGAGCAAUAUAUACGGUCUUCAUGUUACCCUGGACAUGCAUCUUCCAUACCAGAUUCGUCACACCCUCCCCGAGUUUCCUCGAAGCUGGAGAUGGGCCAUGGCUAACGGCUGGGAGGCAAUAACGAUGCAUAGUAUUGAUCUCCGAUUGGAAGGAAACAAGCCAGAUGGAGAACGAGGGGGUCUGCGGAGCACAGUGAAUGGACAAAAGCGAGAUGUGGCGUCUUGGUUGUGUUGCGCGAGGGCUUGCAGCUGAAAAGUUGGCAGAGCCUCGUCAGCCAGUGUCUGCAUUGUUGACCGAUCCUCGCGGAGGCCAGAUCCAAGGACGACUGCGCCUCUCGAUGCACUGCAUCUCUGGCAUGAGUGCAGAAUUGAGCAGGAGUUGCGCGAUGGUUUAACAGAGGGUAAAGAGCCCGAAUACGUGAUACUCAGGAAAACUCUUUCGCAUAGAAGGGUGCUCUGUUGUUGACGAUGCCCAGGAGAGAGAACCAUGUUUGGCAUCUUAACCCCGCAGGGGCUGAAUAGAUACCCCAGUUGUUUGCCAAGAGCAAAGAGGGGAUGGGUGGAUCAACGGGAGAAAGGUAGCCCACAUAUUUACUAUUUUGAACCCUAACUCCCCCGCUAGCAGAAUAGCUCAAAACUUAGCUCCGGUAGAAAGUUCCAGCGACGAGCUUGUUUCAACAUCGUCUCCGCCGUCGCUACCGGACACUGGCACCAGCACAGUGGAUGUUGCCGCAACGCUUUCAUCAGCCACCCGAAUCAUCACAAGUUCCCCAGGCCGUUGAUGUUCGGAGUACCCGAUGAUCAACACAUACCGAACUACGGAAUAUUAGUCAACUUCAGCACGAAUCUCCAGACAAUAGGCCGUGAC